ACACGCGGAGUAUCUUAACGGCAUGAAGCUGGAGGAAGGGAUCGUCGACGAAAGGGACGAGGCGAUAGAUACCAGGAUUUACGAAGAUACGCUAAGUGACAUACCUAACGAAUACGUCGACGUACCGUUGAUAUUGAGCGCGAUACUUCUGCAGGUCGAACACAAUCUCGCGACUACGUCGUCCGACGAGCAUUUCUCAGUCGAUCGCGACACGGGAUCUGGCGAUACGGGGCACGGGAGUACAUCAACGACAGCCGAACGGAGCCCCGUACUCGAUAUGCAGGCUAAGCUGAGACUACUUGAUCUCGAGUACGAGCUUACCGAUGAAUACGAUGCCAGUCAGUCGUCGCGGCCUUCCGCGCUCGAAGUUAUACCGUACGGUGAUACUUUGGGCAUGAUCGUCCGUCAGUUUCUCGACGGCAGACCCGCCCGUCACCUGGAAGACGCGGUACUACGAGUCCUGCGGGAUCCGAGAUUAAUUAACGUUUGGCGAGAUCAUCGGGCACCGCCGAGCGAGAAAUCCGACGUGUAUCUCUGCCACAUGGACAACAUCGCGCGUGCAUUUAAUCGUGAGCAGACGGUCAGUCGCGAGGAGGUUGCACACUACUUACACCUCUUGGCGUUCGAUCGGCUGAUCUUUCCCGAGGGCAGUCGCGAGGCGGGGGCACAAUCGUCGGGAGAUAAAUCGUCGGAAUUAAAACGUGCGCGAUCGGCGGCAAAGGGAGCGCGCAGCGUUCCAAAUUUUACGUCUCCAAUCACAGCGUCACCAGGUUCACGUCGUUCCAAGAGCGACAGCGAGAUUGAUCAUCGUAACUUGGCAGUCGCAUUUACCGAAUGCGCGCCUUUGUUCGCGUUAGUAGACGCCAGAGAGACAUUGCUUCCGGGAUAUUUACGCGACAACGUCUUCGCAAAGAGAAGUUACGAAAGAUCGAGUCUCGAAGAAUACGAGGACGUCGAGUUGCUCUCCUCCCGGGUUUUUCUUCAAGUCGCCCACGAAUGUUUUCAAACUUUCGAUCGUUACGCUACUAAGUACUUCGAGCCGACCGACUCGAUGUUGCUUUACUUCAGCGAUGACAACGCGGUGGGUGAGGUGUCCGUGGCGAGCUGUCUGUCGAGUAUACGCACGCCCAUCGGACUUCACGAAUUCUGUGAAUAUAUCGCGACGGAGGAGGUGAAUCGGAUGGAACGGGAGCAGGAGACGCGCCAAUCGCGCGGGGCAGACUUGACGGGAAGAUUUAUGAAGAGACCCGGCGACGUGGAAGACGACGCGAUCAUAUUCGACGACGAGUGCUUCGUGCUUCCGGAUUCUCUGAAAGCGCGUCAUCUUAGGAAAGGUACGGAUCGCGAAAACGGGCAAAAGAAAAUUUUCGAAAUGAGGGAGGAAUUCGAGGAGGCGGCGACGAUCGUCGAGGGAAAGAAAGUGACAGCGCAGAAACGAAACGAGGCGCCGAUGGCGAACAACGGAGGCGAACGGGCGGAUGGAAGAGUUAUGAGUGGAAAAACGUCGAUGACCGGGAAAAAAUCGGACGCAAAGAUAGAUGAUGUCGAUACGUCCCUCUUAACGGCGAAAAAAAUUCUAUCCCAAUCGGUCGAGAUGGGCGACUCCGUUGGGUACGAUCUCGGAGGUCUUCGCGUUCAAGUGAUUCAUCAUAAAGAGAAGUUUCUUUUGGACGGCGAUACAUCGGUGCGGGUCGUGCACGAGGACUGGCUUCACCGCGGCCGCGAUUUACGCAUCGCUGUUACUCUACCGCGCUGCACUUUACGAUUGUCUGGCGAAGUUGGUCGCCGUCAGUCGGCAGACACAUUUCACUUAACUACGAAAAGGGGAAUUGUGUUAGGUUUCCAGCGAAACGGGAGAGAACUAGGUAAUAAUGAUUCUUUUUUCCCCCCCCCUCUAUAUUCCGCAGUUGAAAACUCAUCCGAUUCCCAUUGGCGAAAUUUGACUUUCGACUUUCGUGCUUCAUGCCCCUCGGGGUUAUUGAUAGAACCAAACGUCGGGAGCGGCACCAAAAAUCCAUUUUGCAUUCGGCAAUCGUACGUUUCGAAACGUCCCAGGCGCGCAGGUGCGGCCCGUGAAGUCUGCCGGAACUUUCUCAGAAACGGGACCGUCCUAAAGUAUCUAGACGACAAUACUGUCGUCAUCUUCCACCCGAAUGGCGUUAUCGUGACGUGCAUGGACUUCGACAAGCCGCAAUCGCGCGACGAAUCCAUCCACGGGGCGUCCCCAAAAAGUAUACGAGAACGCGGGGUCAACUGCGGGGAGACCGAGAAUUUUUCAGUUAAAUUGAGGAUUCUUCUGCAGCAGAAUUUAGAAAGGGCAACUCAAGGCAAUCGGUGGUGGCCGAGCAUAGCGGCGAAGUCGUGGAUUCUACGGAGACACGUUCCGACGGCGAAUCGAUCGCGGCUGUACAACCAUCGAAACAGCAUCAAAGGAGACGAUUCAUUGAUAAGAGGGGCAUUCGCCGCGGGUGAAGUGUUACGAUACUUGGUGGUGAAUUACGACGGCAGAUGUUACGAGAUGCUGAACGAUCUCGUCGUAAGUGAACACGAUCGAUUGCUCGUUAGGACGACGUCGGAUUACGAGGUCAACGAGGUAUUCACACAUCGUGCCGACGGUACUGAUACGUUGCUUCGUUCAAACGGAGAACUGAUCGUUACUUUUCCCGGUAUACAUAUACACUCACAAGAAGAAAUAUACUCGAUAUAUGAUGUAUCAUCGGUCCUGUUUGCCAUCGUGUAUUUCUCCUUCAGAUGGCACGAGUAUCAUUACCGGUUACAUGAUAGAGGAACAGCCGGUAAUUUGCGAAUGGACGGAGAACGAAUUGUGGCGAUACUUCGGAGUCACGGAAACGAAAGACUAUGGCGAUCGAGCCAAGUUGCGCCGUUCUCCGAUAAUGAGUUCUCGCGUGAAGACUCCGUGCCGCACGUCAGGCGCCAAGUGGAAACGUCGAGGAUACUAUCGAUUACGGACGGUUUUGUCUCGAUCUUGUUGACUUUCCGCAUGGAGCACAAAGACUACGCCACCGUGUCCUACGAUCAGUCAGCAGUUAGCUGUACUUUAUCGAUGCCCGACAAUCUCCACAUCAGCAUAUCGAGAAGAGGUCAUUACGAAGUUUCAAUAGGGGACGAAGUUAAUCUAAAGGUUUCCGACGAUGAUGUGGCAUUCUGGAAGACUUGUGCUACUUGCGGCGGAAGAUCGAUGUCGACUUACAAGUUUCCGGAAUCCUAUGGAGCUGGUUCGCAAACGAUUCUCACGACUUCCGAUAUUCUUGGGAAUGUGCUCGAGGUUGAAAGUGACGGUACCACGCGCUAUCAUCGACGCGAAGACCAACAUAUACGAAAGGGGCGCAAGUGCAACGGUGAUGUUCUCGAACACGGCGAAGAAAGAAGAAGAAGCUAUGAAGAAGGAGACGCUAACUCGGAGCCAAAGAUCCAUUGCAAACACGAGCGAUAUUGCGAAACGCUCAAGUUUCCUGCGAGAAGUCAAUACAGAAUUUUCGCGAUGAAUCGCGAUCUGACAGCUUGUGAGUACCUUCAUCGAUCUGUUAGAUGCGAGCAAGAGGUGGCAGCCGUCUUUGGCGACGAGAUGAGUAUGAGUAUGAUCCAGUAUCCAAUUUCACGUCGACCAGAACUUCAUCGCUUGAUUACAUUUGUGCCAGUGAAGCCGGAAUUGAGAUCAAAGGAAAUAUCCUGUCAAUAUCGGGUUAGACAAUCGAUAACAUUACGUUCUUUCAUAAUUGCAUGGGUCUGCAAAAUUUCAUUUUUUUCUAAUGGUUAAAAAAAAAAGUAGUUUUUCAUAACUUCUUACGAACUGAAUUCAAAUCCGCAAAAAGAAACAUUCCAUCGCGUUGAAUUUAUAAGAAAAAUGUAGUUGAAAAAUCCCUAAAAAUGUCUUUAAAUAUCUUUGAAUAUUCCUAGCUAACAACUCAAUACAAGAGUUUUUAAAAAAAGCUUAAUUAAUGUUUAAAAAUAUUGCACUUUAACAUAAUUAUACGUUAGAGAACUUUAUUAAUUUUUAAGUAUUAAUUUAAGUUCUUUUUCGGAAUCUGCAAAACAUCAGCUUUAAAGUUUUAUCGGUUAUAAAGUUCUGAAAAUUUUCCAAGACGCGUUUUUGGGGAAACUUCAACUAAAUUUUUCUCAUAAACUUAACGCGAUAGACCAUUCUUACAUGUGGAUUCGGAUUCAGUGUACAAAAGUUACAAAAACCUAUUUUUGUUUUCCAAACUGCAAAAUCAUGCAGACCCGUAUUAUUAAUAUUAUUAUAUAAUCGGUUCAAGUUUGUAACCUUUUGCACAAUUUUAUAUUUAAAAAAUAAUUAUAUAUAUGAGAGUAAUUAGUAAUAAUUGAUGUAAAAGCAAUAAAAUGUUUAUCCACUUUAUUAUCUUAGAGUUAAUGUUAAAGUUAUCUUUAUGAUUCAUCGUAUUACGAACAAAUCAGGAAGAUUUCAAGACAUAAUAUGUAAUAUGCGCGCACGCACGCACGCACACACACAUACACACAAAUUUGUUAGGAAAUUUUCCUGAUUUUCUCGUAAUAAGUCAUAAAAAUGACUGCAUAUAUCAUCUCCGAGAUAAUAAGGGCUGGUAAAUAUCUUACAACAAAACUGUGCGCAGGUUAUGUCUGACAAACGGACAGAUUACGAUAGAAUUGAAUUACCGCGAAGCACUUAUUCGUUUGCGUACGACUGGCUGUUCCCCUUUGGCAAAAAAGUAGUUUCUGAAAGAACUCGGAACGAAGUUUUAGCAAAGCGAAAUGAGCAGCCGCUGCCAAAGUUAUUGCGAGUGCGCGUUUUCUUCGGCAUUAAAGGGGCAGACAGAAGCGUCCUGAUCGAUAUGCAGAGAGCUAUGGGACGCUAUUGGUUAUCUGUAAGUAAAGAAAAUUUAAUAACGCCAGUUCAAUGAAGCUGUUCUCACUCGCUCUUCCCCGCGUACAUAUACGUUUAUUUACUAUGCAAUAAAUAUAGAAGUUUCAGAGUGUUAAACAAAUUUACUAUAUUUUCUUGUAACUCCGAUAAUUGAUUUCCGUAUAAUAUUACGGGAUAUUACGAGAGACUGCCAGUAUUCUCCGAUGACAUUUCUCCCGGGAUUUUUCUUUCUUCCCAGGUGUUACGUGAUAGUGACAAAUGUCGGCUAUUUUACGCGACUGGAAGUAGUCGGCCCUGCGAAGUUGAAAAUGAUUACAGGAGUUCGGAGGACGGCCUACGAGAACUGGCUCUAGGCGUUAAGGGAAACAUCGACGUCGAGACGUACGUCAGAAGCCUUCGGGGUAAGCUCAUUAAAGUGAGCACGAAAGCUUCUCGGCAGUCGAGCCGUCUUGCGGAGUUACUUCGACAAAGAGGCUCGAUGAAGGAGGCAUAUGAGUGGUAUAAACAGUGCAUGAGGAAGCGAAUUAUUGUACCGUAUUUUGGAAAUAUUGACGACUCGUGUUAUUUCUUAAUGAAAAAUCCUGUCGACGAAGAAGUAUCGAAGAAAAGUCACUCACGAAAAAAAGAAGGACUUAUCGAUAGAAAUGAGGAAAGUUGUCGAUCUUUCCAUUGAAUGUAAUAUGGAAUAAAGUUUCUUUUUAAUUAAA